CAGUUAAAAUAACCCUGUGUGGUAAUUUUUUUGCAGCGUCGGCAGUCAAACCACGUCACUCUGUCAAACAACUCCCCCUUUUUCCUCCCUGUUGGACCAACAUCCACAGUUUAGGAACAACUGGGUAAAGAUUUUGGAUCAGAAGCGCAAAUCAUGAUGACCGGAUUUCGGCUGAACUUGUCGCCUCUGAAGGAGCCUCUGGGCUUCGUCAAGCUGGUGGAGUGGCUCACAGCCAUAUUUGCUUUUGGAAGCUGUGGCGGAUACUCAGGGAAGAACAUCUUAUCUCUCUUCUGUGGCGAUGGCAGAAAUGAAACUAUCGAUGCCAACUUCCACUACCCAUUUAGGUUAAGCCAGGUCCCACUCAUCGAGGGAAACACCACUCUUUGUAAUAACUCUGUCACAACGACACACAUGGUGGGCGACUCAGCAUCCUCAGCGGAGUUCUUUGUGGGCAUCGCCAUCGUCUGUUUUCUGUACAGCAUGGUGGCUCUGUUGGUGUAUUUAGGCUACAUGCACGUCUACAAGGAUUCUGACUUUGGACCAAUUUUUGACUUUUUGAUCACAGCGAUCCUGGUCUUUCUGUGGCUGGUGUGUUCAUCCGCCUGGGCGAAGGGCCUGCAGAAUGUGAAGUACGCCACGGACACUGAGGGCCUCAGCGCCACGCUGGGACUCUGCAAGGGGAGCAACAUCACCUGCGAGGUCACGGAGUACGCCAGCAUGCGGACCCUCAACAUCUCUGUGGUGUUUGGCUACCUCAACAUGUUUGUGUGGGCGGGAAACGCCUGGUUUGUGUACAAGGAGACACGUUGGCACUCCCAGAAAUUCUCCUCUCAGCCUGGACCUGGAAGGCAACAGGUCCCUGCACCCAUCUAACACUAUAAGGCAAAAGAAAGUCACAGUCACACACACGUACACAACACACAGAUAGAUCAGACACAAACAAGUUGAGCACACCUUAUGCAUGCACGCACAUGUAUGAUCACAUGUGUGAAGACAUUAUUACACAUACCCUCACAUAAAAAAGCUCUGUGACGAUGAUGAAGACAGACAAAUUGAUCCAUGGUCAGUUUAAAAACUGAUGAAUUUGGAUAUAUAGAUUGGAUUUGGACUUUAUCGACACAGUAGCAGCUGUGUAGGCAGUACACAGAGCUGAAUUAACAUUUUGUAACCCAAAAUGUCACAUCACUUCUCGCACAAACACGGUAUACAUGAACUGAGAACAGUUCUAAAAGCAAUGUAAAUUUCCCAAAAGAUUUCCUCUGAAGGCCUAAGCACCCUGCAGCUGUAGGAGGCUGUGGGAGGAGAAAGUGUUCGGUUUCAUGUGUAGAUUAGCCUUUGUUAUUUUUUUUAUUUUUUUUUUACCUUUUUCAAAUAGUAUAGCACACCAAUGCAAUUAGCAUGUCAAAUCCUUUUUUCCGUGCCUUCUUAGAAUAAAUCCUAGAUGGUUUCUUAUGCUUUAGGAAGCAGAUACAUGCACAGGAAAAGACCAAAUGUGUUAGUCCUUCCAUCUCGGUAGCAGCAUUAUAUAUUAUGAGUCUCAGAAACAGUGGCGCCAUUCGAAAUCUUUCAUAAGGUUGGCCAGAUGGAGCAACAUAAACCAAAAGCCAUAACUGAACUUCAGGAAUUCACUGAUGCUGUUUAAGUAUAGUUGAAAACUAUGUCAAUAUGGAGAGUUAAGGAAUCACAUAUUGUGCCUUUGGCUUCUUAUGUUACUAAUUAUCUGAUGGUCAUAGACUAAUACUGGUUAGCAUUUUGAGUUCCUGUUUCAAUGUGUUAUGUAUCUGUAUGUGAUCGGUGAUUCAUUGUUCUUUAGAUAGGCUGGUUGUCCUCAACCUUAAAAAGGCAAAUACACAGUUUUAAUUUGAAGGAGUAUAUUGAUAUAAGGAACAAAACGUUUUCUGGGAACAAGCCUUACCAAGUUUAGGAGUUUUGUGGGUACCCAUAGAACCCAUUUUCAUUUGAAUAUCUUACGGUGAGAGUUUAAGGGAGUCCUUAAUAGAUACCCAUGCUCAAAGCCACAACAAAAUAAUGGGAGAUGUCGCAAGAAAUUAAAGCAAGAAGAUCAUAAUUUAUUUUAACUAACCCAAAUCCAACAUAUCAAAGAAUGGUAUUAGGUGUGGCAUUCAGUAAAUCAGUAAUGUUAGCGUGUAUGCAUGCUCGUCAAAUUAGUGAGUGGUGUGUUAUAAGGUGAAAAAAUAAAUAAGCAAAAUAAGGAGCGUGGAGAGAAGAGAGCAGAGUUCCCCUUUUGUCCUCUCUCUCUCCCUCUUCGCGGCGCAAAUGAGAUGUGCUCUUAUAGUGCGGGGAACACCGGGCCCAGGUGUUCCCAGCAACUAACGAUGGACCCAACGCCUCUUGCUGGUAAUCUGUAAUACAAAAAGAAAUAGACACAACCAGCCCAACACCCACAAGAGGCGUGGCCGUCACACCUAACUUCAGGGUGUUUUCACAUAUAGUCCUUUUUAAACAAACCAAACUCAGUGCUCUUAAAGUGCACCAAAAAGUGGACCAACAGAAAAGAGACUCGGUUCUUUUUGUCUUCACAUUGUCAGUUCAUUUGAAAGCGGACUCAGUUCUCUUUCUAGCCACACUAUAUACAAUAUAUAUUGACAGUUUUGUUUUUACUUUGAGAUGGACUUGAAAUUGGAGGAAAACCUUAGUGUGUCUGUGCUGUUGACUGUUUCCAUUUGAUGUAUUCUACUAGAGAUUCUGUUAGACCAAACUACUCCUCGUCCUUGCAAGUGUUACAGGCCGUCUGUUUUUUCAAUCGUCCCAGUGCAAUAGCAUGUGAUCUAGAGGGCUAAAUACAAUGGCAAAGCGAAUCUGGAGCGCUUUGUGCUCACAAGGCAUGGGUUAAGCGAACUGCACUGCGGACUUGAAGCGAACCGAGGGGUCUGAGUUCUCUU